AGAGAAGCGAACUCUGUCAACGUUAGGUACCUUCCAUGCUUACCUUAAUUCUUUUACUUUCUCUGCAAAGGUUCUCUGCAAGGUCCGAAAUCGUGCUUAAACGUUAUGUAUAGUUAACGACAUACAUCUACAAUGAACAGGGAACUUACCUUAAUUAGAAGCCUCGAUGAUAAGGAGCUGUCAAACUUCGGUUGUUAAUUCGGCAAUAUGAUCAAACAUGGCAAGCUGGCGCCUGCUCCGGUUACCGGAGACCCGGAUUUUGAUUUCAUGUUUGCUGAGGAGGUCAAGCCUCGCACGGAUUUGUUUCGUUCGUUCGAGGAACUGAGAAGCAGACGUAGCGCGUCAUACGGGUUGCAGGCGGACCCAUGGGCAGGAUCCGCAUUUGGGCCAGCACCAGGGAGACCAGGCGACGCCUGGGGAGCAGCGCCAGGCCCAGUCGUCCGGAAAUGGCGUGUUGGCGGGACAUCGGACGAGCUGCCGCCUGGCCUCUCAACAGGUGCCCCCACAGUCCCAUAUUCCCUUUCUACAUCUUCAGACGCCUGGGCCCCAGCUGAACCUGUCCUUGCCAGAGGUGUCGUUCCUUCCGGACGCCCUGGGCCUGCACCCACAGCCGCGGCCGUUGUCUCCCAGGCCCCCAGGCAACCCUCGGGCCGGUCUGGCCGCAGGCCCCUUAACCGGGCAGCUUCAGGCAGUCGCAACGCAGGAUCCAACCAGGUUGCUGUCCCACCAGCUCAAACAGUCGCGUCGACAUCCAACUCAGCCGUAGCAGCUGCGGAUAUUGGUCCUCCAGGCCGCAGCAUGCGCGCGGCUGGGCCAAACCGUCACCACCCCCCGCAGCCGCAGCAACCCCAGCUCGUGACCCACAUUCCACCACCACCAGCAGCACAACAGCAGCAACAACAGCUGCCUGCUCAACAGCAGCAGUAUCAGCAGCAGCAGCGGCAGCGCCUCCAACGGCAGGGUCCAGCUUCCCGGAUUCCCAGGGUCAACCAACAUAGAAGUCACGCUGAGGGCGUCCCGGUCCCCACCGCUGCAGCUGCUCCCUUUAGGGCAGGUUUAGGACCCCAAGCGUCACACGCUCCAGAUGAUGCGCCUUAUCCAGAUCAUGAUCUUAAUGAUGACGCCACUUCAGAUGAGGUGCCGUACACGGCGGCGAAUCGUUCGCACGCAUCCGCACAGGCAGCUGAUCCGCCGCGACAUGCACCGCCACCAGCAAGGGCUGUGGACGGCCGUACAGUGGCGGCGGCCCCAGCGGCAGCUGCUCGGCUUGGUCCCGCUGCUGCACCUCAGCUGUCGUCACGGCAGCAGCAACAACAGCAAUACCAUCAUCAACAGCAGCAGCACCGGCGACAGUGGCAGCAGCAGCAGGCCCCGCAAGCGGCUGCCCAGGAGCUCCCUCAGCAGCAGCAGCCGUACGGACGCCGCGUGCAUGCCGCUUACCAUGAUCAGCGACACCAACAUCAUCAUCAUGAGCAGCAGCAGCAGGGGCAUUACGGGGCCGGCCGAGGCCGGUCUCCCUCACCGCCCAGGCCCCGUUACGAGGACUCGCCCAUGCAGUCGAGUGCUGCGGCGCCGUCCAGAGGAGAGCAGUACUACCUGACUGCCAUGGCGUCACCGAGCUCUGGGGCUUCAACGGUUGCAACGACGGCGACAACGACGACUGGGGGCUCGCCGGGCAGCGUGCGUCGCCAGAAGCUGCAGGCGCUCAAGGCGCGGCGCGCCCGGUCCGCAUCACCCGCGCCUCCGAUCCUGGUGGCGACCGACGAACCCGACCUGAUUAGCAUUGUGGGUUACGCCGACCAGGCGGCGGCAGCGGACCCCGUCUGGACUCGCUCCUCGCCCACUAAGGCGCCGUACGACGCAACGACCUCGUCCCCCGGUCGAUGGGUGCAGCGCGUUUCACCUCCCGACAGCGUCACCGCACGUGAGGGAGGUGAACCGUUAGGAUCAGGAGCAGCAACCGCAACAGGAGGUGCUGCCGGCGCUUCAGGCGGCGGCAUCACGGCCGCUGCAGGGAGCUGGCCGGUUCCCCGUUCACCGGAGAAAGCCACGCAGACCGACCAAGUUAGAUUGGGCUCUUCCGCAGGACAAGACGACACGCAUGAUCCCAGCGACCAACAACGUCAAGGCGGCGGCCAUGGAGAGUCGCCGCAGCGGCAGGCUACUAAUCCCGACGGCAGCGGCGGCGGCGGUGGUACUCCCAGUGACGGCGGCAUUGGUGGUGGCCUAGACAGCAGCAAGAGGCCGCGGAUGGCUGAGCUCAUCCGCAAGUUCCGCGAGGCGCCAGGAGCGACCUCAAAGCAGGAGCGUAACGGUCUGAGCGCCAUCGACAGCACGGACGGCGGCGUGGACGCCGGCGAAAGCACGAAAGGCGCCGGCGAUGCAGCUGCAGAUGGG